AUGGGGAAACAUAAGAAAAGUUUAAGCUUGGAAAGAAAAUUCUGGAGUGAAGAGUUAGUAAAAGCAUACGAGCAAGUUGAUCAAUCGCUUUCUCAAGUAUCAUGUUACGAAAAUCAACUUCAAAUUAUAUCUUUACAAAUGUACGAUUUUUUAGAUAGAUUUCUCAAAUCAGACCCCGAAAAACCUCUCACUAGGCUUCAAGCCGAGAAAAUUGUCGAUUAUAUUCAGUCAUGUUCAGAACUUGCGAACUUUUGCCAAAAAUUAACAGCUGGAAAAUGGCUUGGCGUAUUCCUCUCAGAACCAACGCACUCAUCGGUCAAUGUGUUUUCAAAACUAUGGGCUGAUUGGGCUUCUUGUGCCAAUUGUUUCAUGUUUCCUUCUUUUGAAUUCAUCGAAUCACUUUACUACGGCUUUUCUCAAGAUCUCAUUAGUAUACACACAGCACUGAUCGGCAUUGCGCCUGGAAUUUCUACAAGAUUUAAAGGAGCUUUAGUCAAACGAAUGAUAGAAAUAGAAGCGUGCAUUGGAACAUCAGACUUAGAUCGUAACAGAACAAGCCCAUACAUUUUAAAGCAUCAAGACUGGCAGAUUAUCAAAGAAAAUAUCGGAUUGGGCGGAUACGCUACAGUACACCUCGCAAAGAUGAGAUCUACCGGCGAAAUGGUGGCUGUCAAAGAGCUUAAAGCAGUCCAGCUCAAUCAAACCCGCGUUAUCUACUUAAAACGUGAAAUCGACGCUUUAAUGCGACUUUCCCACCCAAAUGUCAUUAAAUUGAUCGGCGUAACCGUUACUCCUCCAUUUUGUAUCGUUACUACAUACGUUCCGAACGGUUGUUUGAUUGAUUUAAUUAAUGGAAAAAGUAUCAACCCUAGAUGUACUCCAAUCUUCAGAAUGAGGAUCGCUUUGGAUACAGCGAGAGCUCUAGAAUACAUCCACAGCAUCGGAUUGAUACACAGAGAUCUAAAACCUCCAAAUAUUCUUCUUGAUAAUAAUGAUCGUGCUAUCGUCUGCGAUUUCGGUCUCGCACGUAUCGUAUCUUCAAUGAUGUCAUGCGAAAUAGGCACUACACAGUGGUGCGCCCCUGAAUUGUUGACAUCUGGAAAUGAUUAUAAUCAAUCUGUUGAUGUUUAUGCGUAUGGUAUCAUGCUUUGGGAAUUACUUACACAGAAGAUACCGUUUAAGGGUCUAAAAUGCAUCCAAAUCUGCGAAUGCGUUCUGAAAUACGCAGAAAGACCAGAGAUACCAGAAGAUUGUCCCGAAAUGUUUGCUACUGUCAUAAAGAGAUGCUGGGCGCAACAUCCUGAAGAGCGACCAACUUUCCAACAGAUCCGUGAAGUAUUUGAGAGAGGAGAUGUCUUAAUUCCGGGAACUGAUAGGGACGAAUACAUGAGAUUCGUAGAGCAAACACGUCCAGAGCAUGAAAAUGCAAUGAGAAUGGCCGCAUCGCAAAAAUCAAUUGUAGAUAUGGCUCUGGAAAGGAUGAACAAGCUCAGUUCGUACGACCAGUUAUGUAUAUCUGCUUUGGAAACACUUUUAUACUCAGGACAGCCACUGAUGCCUCAUAUUAAGAAAAUUGUUAUCAUGGCCGGUUUCAAAGAAGGCCAAGAACUCGCUAAACGUGCUAUUACAAGCAUUGUUAACGAUUUGAACUCAAAUGCAACUACUGUUGCCAUUGAAAUUCAGCCAUUAUUCGUAAAUGAUCCAGAAUUUGUCAUUUCGAUGAUUGCAAAGCUUCAUGUUCGUAUCAGAGAUUUCCUAACAGUCCUCAAAGAGUACUUAAAGUUCGGUCAAAACCAAACUCCUCAUAUUGUUGACUUGUUAAGGUCAUUUAUAUCAUUAGACUGCCUCGAUUACAUUUUCUCAUGCUUGGAUGACAGAUACGUCCACAUUAUACUCACUCAAUUCUAUGCUCAGUACGGAUGUGACAAAAAUCUUCCAAGAAUUGCAUUUACAAACAUUGAAUGUCUCUUCUACUCACUAAGGAAGCUUAAGAUGAGUGGAGAGCUCCGUAUGAUUGAUAAAGAUAAAGAAGAACAGCUUGCUCAAGUUAUGGAGAUGCUUCCAGAAGGAACUUGGCCUCAGCAUAACAAUUUCCUUCUUAUGGCGGAUUGUAUAUUCCCCUGGAUGCUCCGUUCCAAUAUUGGACAAGCUACAGCCGAUAUUAUGUUAACUUGUGUAAAAUACCAAGACACAAUUGAUUAUUUGAAGACAGAAGAAGCUUACCAAGUUAUCAUUAAGAUGCUUUCUUCACAGAGACUGACAAUUGUCCUUGCAGCUGUCGAGAUAUUGAAGGUUAUUCAGCCCCCAUCUAAAUAUCUCGUCCCAAUUUUCAAUGAAACCGUUUCUGCAUACAAAAUUCAUAACAAUGAAAAAAUUUUCAUUUCAAUUAUGCAUAUGAUUAACACAAAUAUCAACACAUUUGAGAUCAAUGAGUUCUUCUAUUGCUUCUUAAGUAAUUUAGGAACCGACCAAAAAGAAAAUUUGGAGUAUCUCAAAUUUAUGUUGAAAUCUAAUGCAAAGAGGCAUACUAUUACUUAUACAGAGCCAUUGAGUAAGAGGAUUUCAUCGAAAUUGUCAAAAUUAGAUUUUAAUUCUGCUGCAGCUCUUGGAUGUCUACUUCAGCAGUUCACUCCUAGAUCGCAGGACUUAGCGUAUGGUAUUUGUUCGGCUCUUUCCUAUCUUUACGGCAGCAAACCUCCAUUUUCUGUCGCAAUUCCGUUUUUGAACUUCAUCAAGGAGUCAAUGGGAAAGGAAGGAGUGUUGGAUAAGCUGGCGGCUGAAAGAUUCUCUGUUUACCUUUACCAUGUUCCUCUCCUUUAUCCACAAGAUCCAAGAGUUCCGGUGAUUAUUGAAGGAUUCACUGAAGCUUACGAAUCUUUGAUAAAGGCCUAA